GUUCCGCACCACACUCUCCAAAAACAUCUUCAAGCAAACAACAUCAUCAGCCACCCGCUCAACAAUCAGAAUGUCCUCCACCACCAACUCCUCCGGCCAGGGCGCCUCUCACGCCAGCGACAGCAUUCUGCCUCAAAAGGCCCAAGAAGCCGUUCCCAAGAGCGUCGAAGAAAAAGUCCCAGACGCUGCACACGACACGGGCAGCAACGCAAAGACGGGAAAAGUUUCCCACGCGACGGGUGAUUCCAUCGUACCCAAGACGCUUCAGGAAGGUCUGCCAGAGAAGGUAGAGAAGAUUGUACCGAAUGCCAUUCAUGAUACGAAGGGUGCGACUUUCUCGGAUGGAUCAAAGGGGAAGUGAUGUUUUGACGAAAUCGGAAGUCUUAAUGACUUGGCUAUCUAUAACGUACCUACCAGACAAGGGUAUAAUAGAGUUGAAAUUGGAAUGAAUGAAUGAUGAAUGUUAUAUGCCUAAGGUACCUACCUACCUACUCUACACUUAUAUUAGCGUACUGCUAUAGUGCUACAGCGU